AUGUCAUUUGAUUAUAUCCGAGAAACCAGAGAGUUAGCUGCGGAUCUUCUUGCGCUGAUGAGCUUUUUUGAUGCCCACGAUAUGCCAGAGGUCCUCCUCCGAGACUCAUCUGAUAAAAUCAAUGAUGAUAGCUCCAUCAAGUCAGAUCACAGCUUUGAUUUUGAAAAUUAUGUUCAGAUCCUCCGGGAGUACUCAUUUAUCUCAGUCAGCCAGGAUACAAAAGUUUCCAAAUGCACAGUCUGGUACAAACAGCGGUCCAGAAUUGGGUUAAUUUCCACGAAGACAAAAACUUCUGGAAAUCUCAAUUUGUCCAAAAUUUUCUUCACGUGUUUCCCAACGGCGAUCCUUUGCAUCACCGGGGAAAAUGCCGCGCACUCUACCAGCAUAUCCGAAGGGCACACUUUCAACGCCCGAAGUCCGAAGAAGUGCUAUAAAACCCCCCAGGACGCUCAAGAACUGGUGACCAAGUCAAAGACUGAGUAUGAAAGAAUUCUAGGCUCUGACAUCCAUGCACAAUUUCCAGUGCUAUGCUUCAAGCUACGAAUUAUUCACUCGAAGGGCGAAUUAGUGAUGCCGAAGAGGCACUUUCCCAACUAUUUAAAAAGAUGUGAAAGGAUUUUCGGAGAUGAUCACGUUAUCCCAUUGCGAGCGAAAGAAGACCUUGCGGAGAUAUAUUACAAUCAAAGCCGACUCCAGGAUGCAGAGAAUUUGUGGGAGCAGGUACUCCACAUCAGAAAGAUUAAUUUAGGAGAACAACAUUCUAACACACUCGCACCUAAGAGCAACCUUGGACUCGCCUUACUUGCAGAAGUGCUCGAAGCUGAGAAGAAGAAUCAUCCUGAUGAUCACCCGAGCAUAUUGGCGGCAAAAAGCUCAAUCUCAUCCGCCUACAUAGAACAGGGGAAAUUGAAAGAAGCCGAAGAAAUGGACUUCAUUUAUUAG